GCCUCCUUAAUGUUCUAAGAUUGUCUGGUGUAACUACUUCAGUUCAGGACUUUUCUCUUGACCUUUCCUAUCAUGUUUCAAGUCAGAAUUCGUAUACUGUACAGUUUAAGCUACAGUAUGCCUGGCCUAUAACUUGGUUCAAGGCGUUUACAUUUGUCUGCUUAUUAUACUCACAAGGUGGAAAAAGCAAUCCCAGUGCCCCCAAAAGACAAGAUGUGAAAUGGAGAAGUACCUGGCACCUCAGCUUCCUCCAGUUUCUAUAAUUCCAGAACAUAAAAAGUAUAGACGAGACAGUGCCUCAGUCGUAGACCAGUUCUUCACUGACAGUGAAGGGUUACCCUACAGUAUCAACAUGAACGUCUUCCUCCCUGACAUCACUCACCUGAGAACUGGCCUCUACAAAUCCCAGAGACCGUGCGUAACACACAUCAAGACAGAACCUGUUACCAUUUUCAGCCACCAGAGUGAGACGACCGCCCCUCCUCCGGCCCCAACCCAGGCCCUCCCCGAGUUCACCAGCAUAUUCAGCUCCCACCAGACCGCAGCUCCAGAGGUGAACAAUAUUUUCAUCAAACAAGAACUUCCUACACCAGACCUUCAUCUUUCUGUCCCUCCCCAGCAGGGCCAUCUGUAUCAGCUCCUGAAUACACCGGAUCUAGAUAUGCCCAGUUCUACCAACCAGACAGCAGUGAUGGACACUCUUAACGUUUCAAUGUCGGCCGCCAUGGCAGGCCUUAACACUCACACCUCCGCCGUUCCGCCGACCGCCAUGAAGCAAUUCCAGAGCAUGCCCCCUUGCACAUACACCAUGCCAAGUCAGUUUCUUCCCCAGCAGGCCACUUACUUCCCCCCGUCACCACCAAGCUCAGAGCCUGGAAGCCCAGAUAGACAAGCAGAGAUGCUUCAGAAUUUAACCCCACCUCCAUCCUAUGCUGCUACCAUUGCCUCUAAACUGGCAAUUCAUAAUCCAAAUUUACCUGCCACCCUGCCAGUUACUUCACAAAACAUCCAGCCUGUCAGAUACAAUAGAAGGAGUAACCCCGAUUUGGAGAAACGGCGCAUCCACUACUGCGAUUACCCGGGCUGCACAAAAGUUUAUACAAAGUCUUCUCAUUUAAAAGCUCACCUGAGGACUCAUACUGGUAUGUAAUUUUCUUGUUAAUUCUGUGAGUUGUGUAAAUAGUAUAAGUGGUAUUCAUCCUUUUAAAAGCCAGCACGUGUUUGAUCUCUUCUUUCUUCUGUCAACUUUUAUUUUUUAAUGGCUUACCUUUUUCAGCACUGCCUUGGCUCAAAAUUCAGUUCAGUGAAAAAAGUUUGGUUCCAGGAAGGCUGAUGUUCCCUCAUUAAAGCCUUGUCCUGUCACCUCACAUAGAAUUAAUUGCUCCCAAACAUAAACAACGAUGUUUACUAAUGGAUUUUAAAACUUUAAUGGCACUGCUGUUCCUAUCUUGAAGGAAAAAAAUGUAACUCAUUUUCUCCCUCCGUAACAAAUCAGCUGGCUUCUAUAAAACUACAUCAAACACUAAAGCCUUUUCCAUUUAGCAGGUAAAGCGUAAUUGCUUAAUAAAUUAUCUUAAUUUCACCUUGAGCCUAAAAUAUCUGUUUAGUAUGUUUUCCCUGCUGGUAAAAGGUGGGCUGGAAGUUGAAAAAUACUAAAAUCAGGCAAAACUAGGGUCGUGGUUUAAAAGCUAUUUUACAUUCUACCCCAGUCCAUGUUGUACAUUGGAGAGACUAUUCCAGCUAAUAUCUCAUCCGUGUUUAAAAUGUUUAGCCCCUAUAAUUUUAUAAAAACUUUUGUCAGAUCUAUACACUCAUUUUAAAAUGCUUUUUAAUUUCAAAACUUUAUAUCAGAACUUAUUUGAGGACGAAAUUAGGUGGUGGCAAGCUGUAAAAAUCUCCAAAUACCCAAAGUAUUUUUAAAACUACGGGUGGUUACCAUUAGUGAUUUUCUUAAAAGGAUAGGCCUAAAGGAAAGAACCUAUACAAAGUGAUUGUGUUUUUUUUUCUCUCCGUAAAUGCAGCUUUAACCUAAAGUUCAGAGAAUAAGUUUGCUAAUAAAAGCAAUGACCUAGCAAAAUGUUUUAUUCCAUCAUUGCUAUGGAAACCAAAGUAUUCAACAGUUCCUUUGAAUGGGCUGCUGGAUUAGUGUGAGGACUUGAAUCUCCCCAGGCUAGAUGUUACUAUGGAAAUUGAGUUUUGAUAAAUGAAGUAGUUAUCUCUAACUGCUGCAUUAAAAAGUAAAAGCCUUUGAACAAAGGUCAGUGCUGAGAUAGAGCUCAAAGAGGAACAUGGCUGCAGACAUUUCAUAUGCGCAUUGGGAAGUAUUGCUUGAUAUUCCAGUGAUAAAUACUACUUAAAAUCUAAAUAGUGUUGGCGACAAUGUGGUAGAUUCCAGGGCUUUCUGAGAAAUUGCUUUUAAAGAAAAGACAUCUCCUCUAUUUAUCAGUGAAACCAGUGGGUUGUUUCAACCUGAAGUUUUUAGGUAGAGACAAAAAGGCUAUCUCCGAAUCUCAAAGUAGAAGUUAUAUUUAUACUUAAAUAUCCAUUAAGCAUGUAAACUCAAUCUGAAGUUUUCAGCAUACAAAUGACAAAAAAACCAUGAAAACAGUCUCUAUAGAAAUACUUAACAAUGCUUUUAUAGAAUAUAUGUUAUAUAUUUAGGAAGAAACACUGAAAAUGGGUUUUUACCUGAAUUAUGAUUAAGGAGGAGAGGAAAUAACUUCAGAACUUUUGAGCUCUUGUCCUUUCUCCUUUGAAAGUCCUUGAAAUGGGAGAUAGGAAGGAGGAAACAAUGUUUCUCCUGAGGUUAAAGUCUCCUAAUAAAGGAGGAGCGUGAUUCCAUAUAUCAAUGCAAUCAACUGCUUAUUGCUGGGAUGUAGUCAGGACAUAUCUAAAUGGCCUUGUAACCCCUGGCAGGGUUUAGUGCUCUGAAUGCUUAUACCUGCGAUUCUGGAACUUGACCUGCUGGCAGGGAAAUUUAAUAGUGGGUUGUCUUAAUGACGCUCAUACUGAAAGAGAUAAAAACCAACUAAAAAGAUGGAGGCCUAGUUUGAAUCCCAUGCAUUGACUUUUUUGCCCGAUCAUAAAUGUGUGUCCAUUGACAUCUAAUGAGUGAGACCCCGUAAUCCAGUUUAAUAAAGUUUUGUUUGAUAGCCUCUCAGAUGCCUCGAGGAGGGUUUGUGGCAGACUUGUUCAUCUGGCUAAACCCGUUCUUGGGUAAUCAUAGAGCAUUGAGGUUGUUUUCUCCUCAUUUUUAGUUUCUACACAAUGCCUUUGAAAAUUACCUGUGCGCUCUCAUUGCAUCCUCCCCACCCUGUCGUUUUUUUAAUGAAUUUAUCUGAAGCUAGCAAAGUGGUUUUUUUUUUCCUUAUUCCUUUAAAGGCCCAGGUAUUUCUAAAUAACUUCUCAUGUAAUUAGCUUUUUUUGUUAGAGGACUUUAAAAAUUUAUAUGGGAAUGUUGAUAUUGUAUUUUUGAUAUAAAACCUUUUUAAUGAUUGCCAGAAUGUGGCAGAAUGUGUA